CUCACGUGAUCCGGUAACGUGUGCUGGUGUGACGGGUUUAUACCUGGUUUGUGUGGCUCGUGACAAAGUUUAGGGAGGUUUUUAAGAAGGGAAAAAAAAAACCAUUUUAUUUACUGUAGUCUAUGUUUUAUGAUACAGUAGGUGUUAAUAAUUUUAGUCGUGUGUGUGUGUGUGUGUGUGUGUGUGUGUGUGUGUGUGUGUGUGUGUGUGUGAGAGAGUGGGUGGCUUGACGCGGACUUCAUUGUGUUGGACUCACCUGUCGACUCUAACGAGGAAGUGCGACUGUCAGGAGAGAGCAUUUCCGCCAAUGGCAACUUUUAACGCCUCGCUUUUCUUCCAAAAAGUCUGUAUGCGUUUAAUUCCGUAAAACUGGUGAUUAUUCGGGGUUUUAAAGUGAGAUUGGAGGUAAAAGGAAAACGGGUUGAACACAUCAGCAGAAGUGAGUGAAGUGAACCAGGCGGCUGUCAGUCUUCUGGUCAGGAUGGACGAUCUGUUGAACAGUAGCUGGAGAAUGGAUUCAGAAAGUAGCAUGAGCGAUUCAGCCUCCCCUUCUUCUUCACUGCUGUUGUCCAACAUUUCCACCAGGUCCAACAUGACGGUGGUCAUAUCGGAGAACGGGACACUGGUGGAGGACGAGAUCUUUCUGAACACAGUUACUGCUCAGGUCCUGUCUGGGAUCUUUGUUUGGUGUGCACUGCUAAUCACGUGUCAUCAGAUCUACUCGCACCUGAGGUCAUACACAGUGCCAAACGAGCAGCGCUACAUCAUCCGCAUCCUCUUCAUCGUGCCCAUUUACGCCUUCGACUCCUGGCUCAGCCUCCUCUUCAUCAGCAAUGACCAGUACUACGUCUACUUCGACUCCAUCCGUGACUGUUAUGAAGCUUUUGUAAUCUACAACUUCCUGAGCCUGUCUUUUGAGUAUCUCGGAGGAGAGAGCGCCAUCAUGGCCGAAAUCCGAGGAAAACCGAUUCCGUCGAGCUGCAUGUAUGGCACCUGCUGUCUGGCUGGAAUGAGUUACUCCAUCGGCUUUUUAAGAUUCUGCAAACAGGCAACACUUCAGUUCUGUGUGGUGAAACCCAUCAUGGCCAUCAUCACCAUUUUCUUACAAGCUUUCGGCAAAUAUCACGAUGGAGAUUUCAACGUGAACGGAGGCUACCUCUACAUCACAAUCAUCUACAACGUCUCUGUGAGUCUGGCCCUCUACGCCCUGUUCCUCUUCUACUCUGCCACCAGUGACCUCCUGAGGCCCUUUGAGCCUGUGCUCAAAUUCUUGACCAUCAAAUCAGUCAUCUUCCUCUCCUUCUGGCAAGGCAUGAUCCUGGCCAUCCUGGAGCGCUGUGGCGUGAUCCCAGAAGCAUUAAUCAUAGACGGGCACGAGGUGGGCGCAGGGACGGUAGCAGCCGGCUGGCAGAAUUUCAUCACCUGCAUCGAAAUGUUCUUCGCCGCUAUCGCGCUCCGCUACGCCUUCACGUACGACGUAUAUCAGGAGAAGACGAGCCAAGCUCCAGAUAACGUGGCCCCCAUGCACAGCAUCUCCAGCGGACUGAAAGAGACCAUCAACCCUGGGGACAUGGUGCAGGAUGCCAUCCACAACUUCUCUCCAGCCUACCAGCAGUACACACAGCAGUCCACGCAGGAGGUGGUGCAGCCGAGCCAGAACGGCAAGCCGGGCCCCGCCGCCGGCAAGAACCCCAAGAAGUCUGACAAAAUCACGCUGAUCGACACGGACGAUGAGUUCUAAAGAGCGCGUGUGUGUGUGUGUGUGUGUAUAGGGAAAAGGGGAUCCACGGAAACACAGAACAUCAUCCAGAUUCCAAAUUCCAGACCAUGUAGCGUGCGCUUUGUUGAAGGCUACAUAAUCCCAGAUUGAUCAUAAAUAACGAACGUCUAGAAAAGGAUUCGAGGAAAUUAACAAGCACGGUGUUCUUUCUUCUGUCAAGGGAAAACAGUGGGGUAUUUUUCUUCAGUUCUCGCACGUCGUCGUUGCUUCAUCACCUUGCUCCUGCUUUGUCCUGCUGACAGAACGAUGCCGCUGCUGCCGGGAUCCCGCGUGACUCCUGGCUGUGUUACAGCAUGACCUAACGGUAAAGGAGGUGUUCAGAAAGCUCAUCCGGGCCGAGCAGACACUUCACAGAGCGCCUCUUUUGAACUCUUUUUCUCAACGGCCCUCGGUUUCGGUCUCUCAGAAAUGUCUCUCAAAGACACCGUGGUUGCGGAGCGCUGCACUUCAAACCGUUCACCUCGGCUCUUUGAAACACUUCCCAUCUCCUGCAUCAAGGACGCAAGCAACGGCUUAGGAACUUCUCCUGUCUGAAUUUUUCAUCUCGAGCACGUCUAAUCCUUUCUGAACAGCUCAGCAGAUUUACACUAUACACAUUGAAGGAAGCUAUGUUUUUAAUUGUAAAUAAUUUGUAUAUAAUUAUUUAGUUGCACAGGUGAUGGGAAAUGAAAGGUUAAUAUAAUGUUAGUGUAAAGAAAUAUUUAGUUAAUGUGUUGUACUUGAUGCUAUUCACUGGUUUUGCUUCACAUUCACUUUUUACAAUCCUUUUAAAAAGAUGAUCUGUUUUUUUUUUUUUUUAAAUGAGCAGUAUAUAUAUAAUCUAUAUCGAGUGUCAAACUUUGAACUGAUUUAUGAAUGUUAAAUAUGGCACAUAGUUUAUUAUUCACAGGUUAAACAGGACAAGCGAUCAAUACGGUUCUUUUUUUUAAUGAGCUCCAUGCAGAUUAUGAAGCUUCUGCAGUUCUAAAAGCGAUCUGUUCUCAUACUCACUGUUCAGAAAGUAUUUGCGAUGUUUCCAGUCAUGUUUUAGCUGGGCUUAUAUACAUGUAUAGGUGUACACUUAAACAUCCUUUCGUUAAGUUAAGCUGCUGUUCAUGUGGAUCACUUCUGGAUCUGAAUAAAGAAAGCUCUUUCAAA